ACAAAGGCCCGACAGAAGAAAACCAAGGUGGGCUCCUACCGAAUCCGGCCUGACGGGACACAGGAAAGGAAAAAGGUUCCCCUGGCCCAGUCCGAGGCGUUCCUCAUCGACCUUUUGGAUAAAGUGUGUGUGCGAAUGAACGAUUACCAGCUGGAGGACGACCCAGUGACCAAGCAGAAGUAUUUCAGGAGAUAUGCUCCGAGAAAGGGAGACAAAAUAUACAAAGAAUAUAAAAAGUUCUUCUUUUAUUCUGAUGCCUUCAGACCUUUGAAAUUCGCGUGCGAAGCCAUCAUUGAAAAGUAUGAGGAUGAGAUAUUCGCACUGAUCGCCCAGGAGGCACACCAUCUAGCUGAUAUGCUGUGCAGUGAAAAAUCAGAUCUGUGUGGCACUCCUACCAACAAUCCUGAACCCUAGGGGUGAGAGGAGUGGAGUCAGCCCGACAGGCCACUGUGCGCCUCCACAUCGCGUGACUGCCGUGAUAAGGAAGUUCAUCUCCCUCUGCUGUACUUGUCUCAUGCGUGAUAUUGGUUUGAAAAUCUCUUGCUUGGCAUUGUGACAACCCCCAGGUCUUCUCUAGGUGAAGAGAAGUUUAUAAGACAGAACACCCCUUUGCAUAUUUGGAUGGAAGCUGAGUUGGCAAUAGAGCAUUAAAUCUGGCCGUGGGAAAAGGGUGAAGCUAUUUCUUGAAGUCAGUAGGGAAUUAAGGGUGGGUCCAAGCAAAUGUGCCUGACACGUCCAUACACGGUUUGCAGUUUCAGAAGAACUCAGUUUGAUUUCUCAAAUUCUUGACCAGCCACAAAUUUUAGGCAUUUGGUUGCAACUAAUGCCAUGGGUUGGUUAUUCCAGAAGCUUCUGUGUGGUGCUUUUAAAGCCACCCCUCUCAAUCAGGAAUGGGAUUUACAGAUCUGGAAACUCUUAAAAUUUAGAACUUUAUCCCUAAGAUUCAAUAGAACAGAUAAAAGAGUGUGAAUACUUCUCACAGUGGAAUGGCCAUCACAUCAGAGUUUCCUGGCCAUGCCCUGAGCUCAGAUGAUUCUGAAGGGUAUUGCAUAGUGGGUUUCAAAACAUGUGACACUGAACAUAUUUUUUGUCUUGCUUGAAUCUCUCUUGGUUUUCUCCUCACUGAUCAUAGUGUGUAGAUUUUCCUACUGGCUGAUUUAUCUCUCUUCUAUGGGACUUUUAUUUAUGUAUUUAUAUUUGGAUGUGGAGGGAAAUCCACCUUUACCAUACUUACUGUAACAAAAUGUAAUAACAGUUUCUCCUGGGUGUUCUCAUUGUCUCUGCUAAAUUUGCAUUCAGUGGAAUUGAACUUUAAUUAUUCAGUGUGUGUGGGUACAGGUUACAUCUGUUUAAUUAAAGAAAUUGUCAUUGAAACUUGCAUGAGUAAUAGGCAAAUAUUUUACCAGAAGAGCUAAAAUGGUUAUUUACUAAACCAUCCAGAAAUGACACUAUUUUCAGGUCAUGCAUUGGGCUCCUCAGCCAGAUAUAAUAUAUAUAUCUCCUUAUAUUUGUAAAAUUUUACCAAAUUAAAGGAAGAGAUUUCUAUUGUUUUCCUUCCCCUUAGUCUUAACUCCUAAUGUCACUUGUUUAUCUGGGAAUCUGAGAAAGCGUGUGCUUUUGCAAUGUGUCUGUGGCUAGUUGUAUUACAAGUCCUCUGUAACCCUGAGAUUCUGUGCUCCAAACAGACAAGGAAGAAGAGAUACAAGGACAGGCAAAGCCUCCCAGAAGGGAAGAAAAACAUUAUUUAAAGCAUAUUCUGAGCUAUAGUGGGAGAUAUCACAAAAAGAGAGGGGAGACAUGGUCCCUGUGUCUUAUUUCUGUAACCUGUAAGAUUAACUCGGCAUUUGAGGUAGGAAGUCUUUUUAGCAUUGUCUUACUUGGGCUUUAUUAGGAAAUGCACACUAGGGUCCCAUUUCUUCAGAUUUGCCCUUAUGGGAACAAGGCUGAGAAGGUGGACUGUGAAGAAGCUUCCGGUAUCAGGCUGCUUUUCACCUGCAGGAACCUUUGUGCAGAUAGAUCGUCAGACACUCGGCUUCCCAAAUUGUCCUGGAUUUCUCACCAAGCAGGGUCUUAGAUCUUACAGUGGUUUGGGUGUCUCAUGUCUCAUAUUUUUUGAAAUUAUUUUCCAUAUCUAGCUUGUUGAGCUCGUGUAAAUGCCUAUAGCUUACUGAGUUGCUGAUUAAAUCUUGGUUCGAUUGAGAAUUACCUGGAACCACUGUCUCUCUGCCUGCUUCCUGUGAGAUGCCUGCUUUGAUGGGAAGUAGCCAUAGGAGAGAGAAGCUGUACUGGCUGCCAUUCUCCUGACUUUAAAAUGAUACCAAAUAAUACAAAGUAAGAUGAAAAGCCAGAGAAAACCACUCACCACUGAAAGCAAGCAAAUGAAAGAAACCUCUAAGCAACAAGAUGAACAUUUCUUAGAGUUAACAAAAAUCAACCUAGAUCUGGGUCAAAAAAUUAAUAAUAACACAAUAACAACAGAAACAUUAAAGUUCCUGGGAAGACAGGGUGAGUAAUGAAAGUCAGGAAGAGGAAACCUGCGUUAAAGGCUGCAUUUCCAUGCUUGAGCCUGGAUUCUCACAAUCCACACACCAAACUGGCCAAAACAACAUCUUCGUUUUGCAAGUUGCUGUUUGCUCAGAACAAGUCAAGACUGCUGAACCCAUUUCACUGGAGAGUACAGAGGAGAACUGAGCCAAAGUACCAACAGAAAACAUCUACCUUUACUGAGGCAAGUCCUAAGACACAGCCAAAGCAGGAGCUCUGACAUGUUUCUCGGCUCCCAUCCUUAGUCUGACGCAUAGUUCCAUGUAACAACAACAAAAGUUUAACUGUGUAUCAGUCUCAGCAUUCAGAUUAUGGUAGGGAAUUGGGGGAAGUCAAUCUUGUAUAUGUUUGUCGGUCUGCUCUUAAACUUGAUACAAACUUGUGAGCUAAUCUUAGAAAUGUAAAAGGCCAAUCAAUAGAACACGGCAUCAUUUGGUACCUACAUACAGUGAAGAACAUUAAAUUAUUGCAAUAAAACUAUACUUAUAA